ACUCGGAGCCUCCCGCGGGCGCGGCGGCUGCCGGGCGCUGUCGUGCGGCCCCCCGCGCCCGUGCGGGGACUAUGAAGCACCAUGGUGUGGUGUGACCGUGGCGUCCAGAUGCUGCUGACCACGGUGGGCGCCUUCGCCGCCUUCAGCCUCAUGGCCAUCGCCAUCGGCACCGACUACUGGCUCUACUCCAGCGCCCACAUCUGCAACGGCACCAACAUCACCACGGACGAGGCGCAGGGGCCGCCGCGGCGGGCGCGGGGCGAUCUCACGCACUCGGGGCUCUGGAGGAUCUGCUGCCUCGAAGGGAUCUACAAAGGACAUUGUUUCCGGAUCAACCACUUCCCUGAAGACAACGACUACGACCACGACAGCUCAGAGUACCUUCUCCGCAUCGUCCGUGCCUCCAGCGUGUUCCCCAUCCUAAGCACAAUUUUGCUGUUGCUGGGAGGACUCUGUGUCGGAGCAGGAAGGAUUUACAACAGCAAAAACAACAUUAUUCUCAGCGCUGGGAUUCUCUUUGUGGCAGCAGGUCUAAGUAAUAUCAUAGGGAUCAUUGUCUACAUAUCGAGCAAUGCAGGUGACCCAAGUGACAAGCGAGACGAGGACAAAAAGAACCAUUACAACUAUGGCUGGUCUUUUUAUUUUGGAGCCUUGUCUUUUAUUGUGGCCGAAACCAUAGGUGUUCUGGCUGUGAACAUUUAUAUUGAGAAGAACAAAGAGCUGAGGUUUAAGACCAAGAGGGAAUUCCUUAAGACUUCUUCCAGUUCUCCUUAUGCCAGGAUGCCAAGCUAUAGGUACAGGAGGCGGAGGUCCAGAUCCAGCUCCCGCUCCACGGAGCCUUCUCCGUCCAGGGACAUUUCUCCAGUUGGCAUGAAGAUAGCAGGCACCAUCCCCAUGAAUGAAAUUUCCAUGUACACCCUUUCCAGGGAGCCUUUGAAGGUUACCACGGCUGCCAGCUACAACGCAGACCAAGAAGCCAGUUUCCUGCAGGUCCACAACUUCCUCCAGAAGGAAUUUAAGGAAGGACUCCACGUCAACAUGGUCAACAGGAGAACGACGCCAGUUUGAAGCACCUUCCUUCCUCGUGCUUUUUGAAGAGAUGCCCAAACAGAAUGGAUCUGUCAGGAGCGAUGUUAAAAUACCCUCUCACCUCUUUAAUUGUGGCAUGUGUUGAGGUAGCAAGUGGAGAUCCUCUGGACCAACAUAAAGAUAUUUACACGCUCGUAGCUUUUUUUGAAGCUAUUUGGAGUUUGUUUAUUUCCGUUCUUGGUGUCACAAGAUGAAGGCAGUUCAUGUUCCUGCACUUUUGUAGUAUGUACACAGUCUUGGAGAAAUUGCAAAGGACUGGCCACCAGUGUGUUUUAAAGGAUUACAGAAAAUUUGUUGUACUUUUUUUUUUCUAAUAUUGAGAUCCCUUAAUACAAACUUGCAAAUAUAAUUUAUAACCAAGCCCAAGGAUGAAAAUGAGCUACUCAUCAAGUGAGCCACUUUCCUUCGACACGGCGUAAGCUUUGCCUCUUUCAAAAUAAAAAAAAAAAGAAAAAAGAAAAAAAAGAAAAUAUUUUUGAAGGCAACACUUUCUAAAACUGACCUGUGCCACUGAAACCGUAGAGCACCCACGUACUGAGCAUUACAGACUCUCUGAUGGGGUGGGAAGGGGGUCUCCCAUUCCUGGGGUAAGGCAUCCCUUGGGGCAACACAGGCCAAGGAGCAGAGGGUGGGUGCGUCUUGAAACGCCUAGAAAGGGGAAAAAGAUUAAAGUAGGUGGGACUUGA